UGCCACCAUGGUUGUGCUCCUCUUGCUGUUGGUGCUCUUCUGCAACCUAGACCUCCCAACGAUGGGCGCCAUGGACACCCUCACCUUGGGCCAGUCUCUCCCAUGGAACCAGACACUGGUCUCCGAGGGUGGCAACUUCGAGCUUGGUUUCUUCUCCCGGGGCAACCCCAAGAGGCACUACAUAGGCAUCUGGUUCAAGAACAUCACCAAGCAAGCGGUCGUCUGGGUGGCGAACCGGGAGCGUCCGGUCCUCGAACCGUCGACAUCUCGCUUCGCGCUGAGCGACCGCGGCGAGCUUGUGCUCCUCGCGGCGCCGUCCGGCACGGUGCUGUGGUCGUCGAACGCGACCUCCCCGUCCCCGCGCACCACCGUCGCCACGCUCCAGGACGACGGCAACCUCGUCGUGCGGAGCGACGCCAGGGCGUCGGCGUUGUCUGUCGUGACGUGGCAGAGCUUCGACCACCCCACGGACACAUGGCUCCCAGGAGCUAAUCUCGGCUACGACAGGGUCCGCGGCGUCCACAGCUUCCUCACGUCGUGGACGGACGCCGAGAACCCGGCGCCCGGGCCGUUCUCCAUGGUGAUCGACCCGCGCGGGCAGAGCAAGUUGAACCUGCUCGCCGGCGGCGAGCACCAGUACUGGACGACCGGCCUGUGGGACGGCGAGAUCUUCGCCAACCUGCCGGAGAUGCGGUCGGGCUACUUCGUCGGCGUCCCCUACGCGCUGAACGCCAGCGUCAACCUCUUCACCUACCACGACCGGGUGCCGCUGGGCAUCCAAAACUUCGUGCUGGACGUGAACGGGCAGAUGCAUCGGCGGCAGUGGAGCGAGACGGCGGGGGACUGGAACCUCUUCUGCUCCGAGCCCCACGACGCGUGCGACGUCCACGGCUCGUGCGGGCCCUUCGGCGUGUGCAGCAACACCACCAGCACAGCGUGCCAGUGCCCCGCGGGUUUCGCGCCGCGGCUCAAGGGGGAGUGGAGGCUGGGGAACAUGGCCUCGGGAUGCGAGAGGCGGCAGAGCCAGCAGGCGGAUUGCCACAAGGACGGGUUCCUCGAGCUGCCGUACGCCGUGCAGCUCCCGAACGGCUCGGUGGAGGCGGCAGCUGGAGCACGGAGCGGCGUGGCGUGCGAGCUCUCCUGCCUGCGGGACUGCUCGUGCACCGCCUAUGCUUACGACGGGGCCAAGUGUUCCGUGUGGAAGGGCGAGCUCCUCAACCUCAGGAGAGUCUCGAAUGAUCAAGGCGAUCAGGGAGCCGCUGGCGCCGUACUUCACCUCCGCGUCGCGGACUCGGAUUUGCCGGCGGUGCAUCCGUCGAAGAAGAUCCAUGACGGCGGACUAGCGGCUGCAGUGUUGAUCCUGGCAAUUCUCGUGAUAGCCGCGCCGGUGGUAGUGGUUCUGCGGAGGCGGCGGGGCAAGGGCAAGGUGAUGGCGGCGGCGCAGAGCACGCUUCUGGUGUUCGACUACCGGGCCGUGAAGGAGGCGACGCGGGACUUCUCGGAGAAGCUCGGGAGCGGGGGCUUCGGCUCCGUGUACAAGGGUGCGCUCCCGGACGCGACGCCCGUGGCCGUCAAGAAGCUCCACGGCUGGCGGCAGCAGGGGGACAAGCAGUUCCGCGCCGAGGUGGUCACCCUGGGCAUGAUCCACCACGUCAACCUCGUCCGCCUCCGCGGCUUCUGCUCGGAGGGGAGCAAGAGGGCGCUCGUGUACGACUACAUGGCCAAUGGCUCCUUGGACUCGCACCUGUUCAAGAGCAGCUCGAGCUCCAAGCGAGUCAUGAGCUGGGGCCAGAGAUUUGGCAUCGCGGUUGGCGUGGCCAGAGGCCUGGCCUACCUGCACGAGAAGUGCCGGGAGUGCAUCAUACACUGCGACAUCAAGCCGGAGAACAUCCUCCUCGACGAGGCGUUGGGGCCGAAGCUCGCGGACUUCGGCAUGGCCAAGCUCGUCGGCCGCGACUUGAGCGGCGUCCUGACCACCAUGCGGGGCACGCCGGGCUACCUCGCGCCAGAGUGGCUCGCGGGCGCCCCGGUCACCGCCAAGGCCGACGUCUACAGCUUCGGCCUGGUGCUGUUCGAGCUCGUCUCGGGCCGCCGGAACGCCGCCGCCGCCUCGCCGGAGGAGGCCGGCGGUUGCUCCGGCGCCAUGUACUUCCCGGUGCAUGCCGCGGUCAGGCUGCACGCGGGCGACGUGGCCAGCCUACUGGACGAGAGGCUGUCCGAAGAUGCCAACCUGAUGGAGCUCGAGAGGCUCUGCAAGGUCGCUUGCUGGUGCAUCCAGGACGAGGAACGCGACAGGCCGACGAUGGGGCUCGUCGUGCAGCAGCUUGAAGGCGUUGCCGAUGUCGGUUUGCCGCCGAUCCCGUCGCGGCUUCACAUGCUGUCAAUGCUAAACGAAUGGGUCAGUGGGGUUGCGGAGGAUAAACUAUAGUUUAGUCAACAUUAUUAGCACAUUACUGACAGAAGAAGUGCGCAAGUGAAAAACUACGUCAGUAUUGAGCAGCGCCUCUAAUGGAUCCUUGCCUCGUCAUGCCGU